AUGUUCUGCACACGGUGUCUGCGCACCGCCGUCGCGCGUCGACAAUUCCCGGUCGCUCGUCGUCAAUUCUCCGCCGCACCGUUCCUGCGCUCCGACGCAGCGCCAACACUCUCGACACCCACCACCGCCGCCGGUGAGGCCGCCGCCCCCGCGAAAGCCGCUCCCCGGUCCAGCUGCCCCGAGGGCACCGUACUCACGGGCCUCAACUAUACCAAGGGCGGCUCCGACCCCGUCGCGAUGAAGGACGAGGCGUACCCCGAGUGGCUGUGGUCCUGCCUCGACGUCACCAAGAAGCGUACCGAGGGCGACGAGGACGCCGCCGGCGACGAGUUUUCCAAAUCCAAGAAGCAGCGACGACUGGCAGCCAAGCGCCAAAAGGCACUCGAGGCCGAGCUGCUCGCGUCGGGCAACCUCGAGGCCCUCCAGCCCAAGAUCCCCAUCCAGCAGCAGUCGAUCAACUUACAGGGCGAGGAGAAUGGCACCGUUGCGGACAACCUUGCGGCGGCCGAGAAGCGCCAGGAGCUGAAGCUGGCAAUGCGCAAGGAGAGGAAGGCCAAGAUCAAGGAGACCAACUACCUCAAGUCUAUGUAA